AGGCGGGGAAACAAACUAUUGAAGAUUCUUAUUGAUUCAGUCUUCAACUGCAUUCAGAAGGGUAGUGCGUGGAAAUUUGACCAAGAAGUUGUUUAGGGAAUACGAUUGACGGGAUUUUAACAUAUUUUUCCUGAUUGCAUUUGGACUAUAAAUAGGGCAGCUGCAAUGUGGAUUCAAGUGCGCACCAUGGAUGGGAAGGAGACCCAUCGGAUCGACUCCCUUUCCAAACUCACCAAGGUGGAUGAUUUGCGAGUUAAGAUUCUGGAACUCUUCAAGGUCGAACCAGAUAGACAGAGGCUGUUCUACAGGGGCAAACAGAUGGAGGACGGCCACACCAUUUUCGACUACAACGUGGGCCUGAACGACAUAGUGCAGCUGCUGGUCCGCCAGGCCCGACCUGCCCCCAGCGCGGGCCUCAAAAGCAAGGACAAAGAGGCCGAGCUGUCGGACUCCGACUCUGGCUGCGGCUCCGCGCAGAGCGAGUCCGACAAGAGCUCGACGCACGGCGAGGCGGAGGCGCCGGCGGCGGGUACCUCGGGCCAGACGGACGCCCCCGACCUCGUCGAUCCCGGGUUCGGCUUCUACAAGAUAAAUGAGUUUGUUGAUGCCAGAGAUCUAAACAUGGGCGCCUGGUUCGAGGCCCAGAUUGUGAAUGUCACAAAAACUCCAAAGACCCCUGAGGAGGAAGGAGCAGAUGCUAAACUAGCAGAGGAGGAAAUCCGCUACCAUGUCAAAUACGAAGAUUACCCCGAGAACCCGGUGGUGCAGCUGCUGGCGCAGGACGUGCGCCCCCGCGCCCGCACGGUGUACCAGUGGCACCAGCUGGAGCCCGGCAUGGUCGUCAUGGUGAACUACAACCCGGACGAGCCCAAAGAGCGAGGCUACUGGUACGACGCCACCAUCCAGAAGAAGAAGGAGACGCGCACCGUCCACGAGAUCCACGCCAAGAUCCUGCUCGGCGAUGCGGGUGAUUCCCUGAAUGACUGUCGAAUCAUGUUCCUGACUGAGAUAUACAAGAUUGAAGAGCCCGGUGUUCUGGAUGGUUCCGGAGCCGGGUCCGACAGCCCCAUGAAAAGAUCCAACGGGCCCGAGUGCAAGCACUGCAAGGACAACCCCGCCAAGAACUGCCGCUGGUGCAACUGCCACGUGUGCGGCGUGAAGCAAGACCCCGAUAAGCAGCUUCUGUGUGACGAGUGCGACAUGGCCUUCCACAUCUACUGCCUCAACCCCCCCCUCAGCACCAUCCCUGAGGACGAGGACUGGUACUGUCCUGAGUGCCGCACCGACUCCAGCGAGGUCGUCCUGGCCGGGGAGAAGCUGAAGGAGAGCAAGAAGAAGUCCAAGAUGGCCUCCGCCAGCUCCUCCAGUCAGAGGGACUGGGGCAAGGGUAUGGCUUGUGUGGGCCGCACCAAACAGUGCACCAUCGUGCCCUCCAACCACCACGGCCCCAUCCCCGGAGUCCCCGUGGGAACCCUCUGGAAGUUCAGAGUGCAGGUCAGCGAGUCCGGAGUCCACAGACCCCAUGUCGCCGGGAUUCACGGGAGGAGCAACGACGGGGCCUACUCUCUGGUGCUGGCAGGGGGCUACGAGGAUGAUGUGGACGACGGAAACGAGUUCACCUACACUGGCUCCGGGGGGCGGGACCUCUCAGGGAACAAGAGGACCGCCGAGCAGUCGUGCGACCAGAAGCUCACCAACAUGAACAGGGCCCUGGCUCUCAACUGCAACGCGGCGGUGAACGAGAAGGACGGGGCGGAGGCCCGGGACUGGAAGGCCGGCAAGCCCGUCAGGGUGGUGCGCAGCUCCAAGGGACGCAAACACAGCAAGUUCAGCCCCGAAGACGGCAACAGAUACGACGGCAUCUACAAGGUGGUGAAGUACUGGCCGGAGAAGGGCAAGUCCGGCUUCCUGGUCUGGAGGUACAUGCUGAAGCGCAACGACGACGAGCCGGCGCCGUGGACCCGGGACGGGAAGGAGCGCGUCAAGAAGCUGGGCCUCACCAUGCAGUACCCUGAGGGUUACCUGGAGGCAGUGGCUGCGAAGGAGAAAGAGAAGGAGAAGGAGAACAAGCAGGAAGAAGAGCUGACCGAGACGCCCACCAAGGGAAAGAGGAAGAGGAAGUCUCAAAGCGCGGCCGAGGAGAAGGCGUCUCCAGCCAAGGGCACCCCUAAGAAGAUGAAGGUGGAGUCCUACAAACUGACCCGCGAGCAGAAGGCCCUCGUCAAGGACGACGAGGCCAACAAGAGGCUCUGGGGCGAAGCCAUGGAGUCCCUGGCUCUCGGACCGAGGUUUUUGAACAAAGUCGAGGAGGUCUUUUUGUGCAUAUGCUGCCAGGAAGUGGUCUACCAGCCAGUCACAACAGAGUGCCAACACAAUGUCUGCAGGGAAUGCCUCCAACGGUCUUUUAAGGCGGAAGUGUAUACCUGCCCUGCCUGCAGACACGAUCUUGGCAAAAACUACCCCAUGAAUAUCAACAAACCCCUCCAAGCCAUCCUAAAGCAGCUGUUCCCCGGCUACAGCAGUGGACGGUGAUAACCUGUGACAGUCUGUUCGACCCGCCAGGGGAACAGCAUGAACUUAUGAGGGCAAUUUAGCAUGUCAGUACAGUACAAAAGAAUCACUUUCUUAAUAUAUUUUACAAAUAUGAAAGAGAAAAAUAAAAAUGUUCUGCCUUUUUGCCCGUCCCCCCAUCAUAGGGCGUGGUCCAACUUGAAAAGUCCUUGAACUGGUAAUGUUAUAGAAACUGCCUUGAUCAGAUGUAUUUGUAACCGUAGCAUUGUCCAAGUGCGUUUUGACCCGAAAUCGCCAAAACCUAAUUCAUGCCUACUUCCUCUUUGAGCAAAUGCCUUACAACCGUAGAAUGCAGGGUCUUCUAAGAGCUGAUGAAGCCAAACGUCAGUUGCCAUCAGCCACAUCCGUUGUUGAGAGAGAGAAAAGGAUAGGACACUCCCAAAUGGAACAUGUAUUCAAGCUCACCAAAUCCGUUGACGUCUCGUCUGGUGGAACUGUUCUCGUGUAAAUGGCACAGUCCCAUAUCCUUUUAGAAAGAAAUGUCCGUUACCUGCCUUUGUUAUGUGUUCCCUGGUUGACUGGGAAACGAAGCCACCUUGGAUUUUUUUAGGAAAUCAAGGUGGAGUAUUAACCAUGGGUGCAAACUGUAGGAAGAAUUACGUGGAUGAAUUUGGUAUCGACUCCAACCAAGAAGCAUUUGAGUUUGAAGUUCUCAGAAGUGCUUAGUUGCGAUCUGUGUCUUCUUUUACAAGGGUUUCAGUGUGAAUUUGAAUUAACUAAUUCCAAUAACACUUUCACUCAUAUGCUGCCUUUUUGAUGUGAUCUACUUUAUCAUAUCACUUGUAAUAAGAAAGUUUCCUAACAUGAUUAAAACAAUGUAAAAAUUUGACAGAAGAAAAAGUCUCCUGCCCCUGAACUAAUCUAGAAAAUGGGUGAUUUGAUAUUUUGUUCCAUGUCUUGUAGAAUUAUUAAUUAUCCCUUUUAAAUAUAACAUGUAUUCACGUUUACUCUUUGUUGUAUAAGCAUAGGGAUUCCAUCUUAUAAGUUUGAAACGAGUCCAAAGAAGCCAAUCACUUAACCAGUAGGGAAUUGUAGAGUUCCUGUUUUGGGUUUCCACAAAACUCUUGAUAGGCGAUUCUGUGGAAACCCUGAAUAUUUAGCUCUGUAGGUCUUGUCCCUUGGCAGUGGACAGGAAAUAUUUAAGAAUCAAAAUUUGUACUUUGUUGGGUAAAUUCUCUUUUUUUUACUUCCGUUUUAAUCCUUUUAUUGGUGUGUAUCGGAGUUCGAUUCCAUCUCCUGUCGUCUCCUUGGCCUACUCAUUUGUGUUUUAUGGUUAUUUUGUGGUGGAAUUACAAGCAAAAAACAUUCAAGGAAGCUCUUAGACCGGUGAUUAGUUAAUAUGAGGCCAGAAGAAAAAUGUCCAGGUUAGGGAGAAGCUAAGGAACAGACCACCCUCCUUGCUGAAUGAAUGCCAGUGGCUGCAGAUAUUAGUAAUACCUCAAAUAUUUACAAGAUUUGCAUAGACUGGAAAUGUAUAUUUUCUGAAAUUGUAUAUUUUUUAGUACAUUUUAGCUGUUUGAUAUGUAGUUUUAGAUGUAUUACUACUUGCUUGCACAUGUUUGGUGCAACAUUUCCAAUAAAUCUUCAGCCUUUUUAUAAAUAAAAUUGCAACAUUUUAAGCUU